AUGCCCCGCGAUGAAGAGAUGGCGUUCCUUUUGCGGGAAAUAGACCUGGACCGUUGGCGACACCAAGGACAACCGAGCAACACUCCUGUAAGUAGCGACUCUGUCUCUUUCCACCUUGGCAGACGGAAAAGCAACAGUUCCCAUUUCUUGGGCAGACCGGACUCCGGACAAGUGUCCCGAACCACUUUCCUUCAAGGGCUGAGAUUCUGCGUGCUGUUUGGAACGAUCAUCGGCCUCCGAGCCCUCCUCCACCUCGCAUGGAACACGGCCUAUCGCUUCUGCACUGCAAGUUCGCCGUCGGCGGGAGUCAACCUGGCCGCAGUCCAGCAAUGCACGAUCGAGAACUUGCAAAGAGACUUGUCCUUUCUCAAGGGCGCACAGCCGAUUACGGUAAGCGAGUUCAUUCAGCGUCAGGAUCGCCUGGCGGCUGUAUUGUAUCAAACUGGUAUCGAUGCUUUCAUUGUUGAGCCGGGCUACACCUUUCAGUACUACAGCAAUGUCUCACAACAAGAUUGGGAACCAUGGGAGCCGGAGGAACGCCCUUUUCUCAUGGUCAUGCAGCCUUCCAUCCAUGACGAUGACACAGUGACUGCGAAGACGACAUAUCUUGCAGCGCAUUUCGAGGAGGACCGGGUUCGUCAACUCGGCAUUCCGUCAAGAUCAGCGUUAGAUAUCAUCACAUGGGAAGAAAGCUCCAAUCCUUAUAGCGAACUGCUUUCAAAAGCAUUCGGCAAUGCUAAAGGACAGUCAGUCGUGGUCGAUGAAGAGAUGCGCGACUUUCUCGUGCGAGGACUGAGUUCUGCGGGAUUCAAGACCAUCGGUCUCACGCCAGACAUUGAGGCAAUUAGGCAACAGAAGACCUCAUCUGAGAUGUCGAUCCUCCGCGCUGUCAACACUGGCACAGUUGAAGCCAUCCGUGCCAUGCGACCCUGUCUGAGAGCAGGCCUACUUGAGAAAGACGUGAUAAGCAUACUCAACAACGCCCUCCUCAGCAUUCCGGGCUUCUCACUUUUCUUCAAUCUUGUUCUCUUUGACUCGAACGCUGCGCUACCGCACGGUGGAAAAGCAACGGGAGCCCUGGCGCUGACACCUACUACAGUGGUACUGAUCGACGUCGGCGCCCACUACUUUGGCUACUCGUCUGACAUCACUCGAAGCUUCAUUAUCGGCGAGCCGCCAAAUACACUCGAAGAGCUUUCCGCAGACCUAUCGUUGAAGCAACGCGUCUUUUCGACUGUCCUUGCAGCUCAGACGGCAUCCGUGGCUCACUUUCGUCCUGGCCAGGUGGCCGCAAACGUGGAUCUUGCAGCCCGUGCUACCAUAACUAGGCUCUCGCCCGCAGGACAGAACUGGGCGUCAAGGUUCACGCACCGAGUCGGACACGGCAUUGGGAUCAAGGCGCACGAGAGUCCGUACCUGCAUAGCGGUAACACGAAGACGUUGUUACGAGAGAACAUGACUUUCACCAGUGAGCCGGGCAUCUAUCUGCCAAGGCAGUUCGGUGUCAGGACCGAAGACGUGUUUGCUGUUACACGCGAAAAGAAUGGCGAGGUCGUCUGCUUGAGCGGCCGGGGGGCAAGAAGUUUGUGGGAUCCUUGA